AUGUCUGGCAAAACUGCUAGCACGACCAACAACAUCGCUCAGGCCCGAAGGACUGUCCAGCAGCUGAGAAUAGAAGCCUCCAUAGAAAGAAUAAAGGUGUCAAAAGCAUCAGCAGACCUAAUGCUCUACUGUGAAGAACACGCCAAGAAAGAUCCGUUGCUAAUGGGCAUUCCAGCUUCUGAGAACCCUUUCAAGGACAAGAAAACCUGCAUUUUGUUAUAG